AUGUAUGCAUACAAAAAAAAUAAUUAUAACAUAAACGAUAAAAAAAUAAUACAAACUUUCAAACGUUCUAUAAUUAAUUUUAAGGUUAAAGAAGAAGGGGUUGACCCUAAAAAGAAAGUCAGUAAGAAAAUAAAAAAUGAUGAAGAAGGGAAGAUUAAAAAAGGAGCUCUCCAAAGAAUAAAAAGUAAUGAUAAUAUUAUUGUAGUAGAUGGGGUGAGAAAAAAAAAGGAAGAUAUAUAUAGAGAUAAGAAUAAAUAUAUGAAUAAAUAUAUGAAUAAAUAUAUGAAUAAAGAAAUAAACGGAUUGAUAAAAUAUAAGACUCCUUGUGUCCUUAACGCUAAACAUAGUAAGGUCAUGAAAUUGUUGAAAUAUCCUAGUUGUAUGGAAAAAAAAAAAAAAGAUAACAUAAAAAAUUAUAAGAAAAAAAAAAGUACAAUAAAUAAAAAUAAUAUUGUGAAUAAUCCUAUUUAUAAAUAUUCUCCAUUAGAUCAUAAGAUAAAAAGAGAUGCUUAUAAUAAACAUGCAUCAUGUAAGGUAGUAGACAAAAAUGAUAAAAUAUGUUCGAAUUAUUUUCUAUUAAAUAAUAAUAUUUCUAUAAAUCAAAAGAGAAUAGGUGGUAUGGAUAUAAAAAAAAAAAAAAUAAUAAUAAGAAAGAAACCACACGUCUGUGAUGAUAAAAUGGAUAUCAGUAUGAAUAAUUAUCAUUCUAAGAAUAAGAAUAUAUACAAUAAUGAUAAUCAAAUGAAAUGUAAUAAUAAUAAUAAUUAUUAUAAUAGUAGUAGUUACAAAGGUGUUGAUAUAUUAAGCAAACCAAAUUGUAAGGAAAAAUAUACAACAAAGAAUAAACACUUGUGUCUACAAAAGAGUAAUUUUAAUUGUAAAUAUUUGAACGAUGAAAAAAAGAAAAUAAAAAGUAUUAAAAAUAAUAUUAUUAAUGAUUAUAUGUACAAUGAAUCUCAUAAUAUAAAUAACAUUAAUUUAAAAAAUAAGUUAUUAUAUAAAAAAAAUGUAAUAAUAAGAAAUAAAUCAAAUAAUUCAAAAUAUCCAACAAAAAAGAAAUUAAUAUGCAAUGAGAAAAAAAAUAUGGAUACUCACAAAAAUGUCAAUAGCACAUGUCCUUGUAAAUAUAUAAAAAAACAAAAUGUUAUCAAAAAAAAAGAUAAGGACCAUGUUCAAAAGUUGAAGGAUAUAUCCAUAGAUACACUAUCUAAAAUAUGUGUAGAUAAAAAUGGAAAAUAUAAAAAUACAAAGAAGAAUAAUUUAUUUGUCGAUAACAUAAAGAAUAUGAAAUUAAAAACAAAAAAUGACAAUGUUAUAAAAUUGUGGAUAGCACAUAAAAGGAAUGAACUUAUAAUACCAUAUCAUAAAAAGUGUAUAACAAAUUGUUAUACCAGUAAAAUAAUAAAAAAUAAAGAAAUUAAAAAUGAAAAUACUGAUAGAAAUAAUUUUGCAAAUAGUUAUUUCUUCACUAUAGAAGGAAGACAGAGUGAAUUGAAAUGUAGAAGAACAAAUAACCAAGAUGAAAAUGGAGGUACCAAAAAAAGUAUAAUAUAUUUGACACAAGAUGAAGGAAAUAUAUAUCCAUUCAAUAAAAAUAAUAAUAUAAAAAAAAAGAGAGAGAAAGAAUAUGAAGAUGAGUUAGAAGAUGAGUUAGAAGAUGAGAAAAAUAAAAAUAUUUUUAAAGAGAAUCAUUCAUUUGAUAAAAAAUUAUUUAUAUAUAAUGAUAAUAAUUAUUGUGAUGAUAAAGAAGAAUUUUAUAAUAAUAUAAAAAAUAAAAGAAGAUGUGUAAGUUUAAAUAAUAUAAAUGAACUCAAAAAAUAUAAUCCAUUAUUUAUUACAAAUGAUUUUAGAUUAAAAAUGUGUUACAGUAAUGAUUUUAUUGAUUAUAGAAAAAUAUAUAACAGUAAUAUUAAUAAUAAUAGUAAUAAUAAUAAUAAUAUGAUGAUGAUAAAAAAAAAUAGUGAUGAAUUUAUUGAUGAUAAAAAAAAAGAAAAAAAGAAUCCAAAACAGCUUUCAUUAAUGGAUAAAGAAUUAUUUUUUAAUACUAGUGAUAAUUUAUUUUUAAUAUCUUUAGAUUCAGAAAUAAUAAAAUCAUCAUCUUUUUUUCAAGACGAUGAAAACAAAAAGUUAUAUAAUAAUAAUAAUAAUAUUAAAAGAUUGGAUACAAAUUUAGAAACAUAUGAAAUGAAUAAAUCGAAAGAAAAUUGUCAUAUGUCCAAUAUACUUUAUAAUAAUGUUGUAGAUGGUAAUGAAAAUCCUUGUAAUGCAUUUUUAUUUUCUAAAAAUGAAAGCAAUGGAUAUUAUUCUUCUUGUGUGAAACAAUCAAAUGGAAAUAAAAAAUUAAAUGAUGAUAAUAAAAGAUAUGUUCAUACUAUUCCUUUAUUAAAUGAGGAUGAAACAUAUAUAAACCAUUACAUGAAAAAUAAAAAAAAAGACAUCUGUAUUACUUACAAACAUGAAGAUAAAGAAAAUAUCAUAAGUUGUAAUGAUAUAAAAAUGUGUGAGACUAUCAUAAAUGAUAAGAAAGAUAUAGAUAUGCAAUUAAAAUGUAGAGACAUCAAAAAUAAUCAGAAACAUGAUGAAUGUAUAUAUUUGUGGGCAUCAGAAAUAUACAAGCCAAAAAAAAAAACAAAAAAAACAAAAAAAAAAAAAAAAUAUAUUAACAAAAAAGAGAAUGAAAUGAAUAUUAUAAAAACUGUGAAUGAAGAAAAUAUUUUGUUUACACAAUAUUGUGAGAAAAAUGAAUAUAUCAUACCACAUUUUAAUAAAAAUAAAAAGAAAAAGAUUAUAUUAAAUAAUACAAAUGACAGUACUACAGAUAAAAAAUUAAAAUGUAAUAAAAAAAAUAUUAGAUUGCAUAAUAAUAUGUGUCGUUUAAGUAAAAAUAUAAGGAGUGAAAAAAAAGUUAUACAAAAAAAUGGAUAUUAUCAAAAUGAUGACAAUGACAAUGAUAAUUAUAAUGAUAUCAAAUGUGAUACAUAUAAAAUAAGAAAUAAGGAUAAGAAAAAUAUAAACAAUGAAAAAAAAAUGAAAUAUAAUAAUAAAUAUCAUAUGAAGACAAAAUUCUGUGAAAGUCAAAAAAAUCAGUUAUAUUUCAAAGAAGAAAGAAAAUAUAAAUAUAUACAUAAAAAUUACAUAUUAAAAUAUUUAAUAAAUAAAAAGAAUAUUUCAAAUAUACAAAAGAAAAGAAAAAAAUAUAUUCAAAAGUUAAUAAAAAAUAAUAUGUUAUAUAAUAAUGAAGUUCAAAAAAAAUGGAUUAAAAAAAAAAUUCUCAAUGAAAAUUAUAAAUUAUUUUAUUUAAAAAAAAAAAAAAUGUACAAAUGUUAUAAAACUCCAAUGAAUUUAUUAAAUGCAAAAGACAAAAAUGAAAAAAAUAUAAUAAAAUAUAAUAUAAGAAAUAAUCAAAAAAAAUAUGGAAAUGUGAUGAUAUAUCAUACUCAUAUGAUGGAUAAUAGAAUUCAUAAUGAUACUCUUCAACAUUUUGAUAAUAAAAAAAAAAAGAAAAAAAAGGACUACUUUUUUAAAAAAGGUUAUAUAAAAGUUGAAAGGAAAAAAAUAUACAAAGAGAAGAAAAAAAAAAAUGUAUUCCUUUCUUUAAUAUUAUCAAUAAGAAUAAAGAGAAGAUAUCAUAGGAGUUUAUUUAUAAUAAAUAAAGAUAAUGGAAAUAAUCAUUAUUAUAAAGAAGAAGAAAAAAAAUUGGAUAGAAUAGAAAAAAAUAUAAUUUGUUUUUUAAAAUGUUCGAAUGAUGAACAGAAAGAAAAGGAUAUCAUCAUGAAAGUUAAAAAAGAAGAUGAUAACGACAACAAAAAAAAUAAUAGUGAUAAUUAUCAUGGUCAUCAUAAUUAUGAUGAAGAUAAUAUAAUAAAAGAUAUAUUAAUAGCUCCAAAAUAUGAUAAUCAUAUAAAUAUAGACAUAAUAAAGGAAAAGAAAAAACAUACUUGUCUACUCGAAAAAAAUAUUUCUCAAAAAAAAAAAGAAUAUGAUUUUUCUUUAAAUUUAGAAAAGUAUGUAUUAAAACAUCGUAUUAAUGAUAUCAGCUGGAAAAAAAAAUAUAUAUUACAAAAUAGUUUAAAAAAAAAUGUACAUAUAGAAGAAUGUAUUCCUAGUCAUCAUCAAGAAGAGAAUGAUGAAGAGGAAAGAAUAAACGACAACAGUGUGAAUAAUAUAGAAUAUAAAGAAAAAGAAAAAGAAGAAGAAAAAGAAGAAGAAGAAGAAAGUGGGAAUCAUAAUAUUGUGGUGAAUAGGAAUACAUAUAUAAUGAACACAAACCAAAAAAAAAAAAAUAAAGAUAAUUAUAAAGAAGAUAUAAAAUAUAAUAAGAAUUUUUCUAUAAGUAAUAAUAUAAAUAAUAGUAUAUAUAAAAAUAAUCAAAUAGACAAAUUAUUUAUUAACAACAAAUAUUUGAUUUACAAUCAAUCGGAUGAAAAAAAUACUUCUCAGAAAAAAAAAAUAUUUCCAUUCAAAGAAAUAUUAUCAAAAAAAAUAGAAGAAAUAAAAAAUAAAAAUAAUUUUAUAAGAAAAUUAUCUAUUCAUGAUUUUUAUGCAAACAUAUUUUUUCCUUCAAAUAAAAAUAAAAAAAUAAAUAAUAAAAAAAACAACAACAAUAAUAAUAAUAAUAAUGAUAAUAAUAAUAAUGAUGAAUGUGCUUUUAUAAUGGACAAAAAAUAUAAAAGUAAUAUGAAAAAUAAAGAAAAGAUACUAUUGCAUGAGGAUGUGAAAAAAAAAUGUAAUCAGAUAAUUAAAAGAACUUUAUCAUGUAUACCACAUAUAUUAAAUAACAAUAGAGGUGUAUUUUAUAAAAAACAAACAAACAAUAUAAAUAAUAUAAAUAAUAAUAAUAAUAAUUAUAGUGAUAUAUACUCUUCUAAUAACAUAUGUAAUAAAAAAAACAAAAAUAAUAUCAUAUCACCACAUAAAAUAACCUUAAAAUAUAAAACGAUGCCCAUACCAUUUGAUCAUCAUCUUAAGGAACUUAAUAUUCAACAACAAUUAAACAACAAAAACAAAAAAGAAAACAAUAAUAAUAAUAAUUAUAAUUAUAAUAAUAAUAAUAAUAAGAAUAAUGUAUAUUUUAAAAAUUAUCACUGUGAAAAGGUAGAAAAAAAUAUAAAAAGAAAUAAAUCUGUCAGCUUCUUAAAGAGAAGAAACACAUGCUCCUUUUUUGAUGAAAGGAGAUAUAAAAAAAAAAGUAGUAUAGAACAUAUAAACUGUCAUGAUAAUAUAGAAAAUACAAAAUGCAAUUCAAAAGAAAAUUUUCAUAAUAUACAAUAUAAUAAAUUCCCCUUCUUUAAAAGGACAAAAAGUUCUAUUCUAUUGAAAAGAAAUGACAAUGAACAAGAAAAAAUAAAAAUGAAAAAACAUAUUUCUAUAAUAAAACAACAAAUAAUUCAAAAAAAAUAUAUAAACAAUAAAAUAUGUAUAUCUCCAAAUAAAGAUUUUCUUAAAAAUAAACAAAAAGGAUAUCAUGAUGUUUUUAUAUCAAAUGGGCACUUGUCAUUUGAAAGUAAAUUAAAGUAUGAUAAUAAAUAA